CAGAAACCACUUGGUUCCUGUGCGCCGCACAACACUUCCAUUUCGUCAUGCCGAUGCCGAUGCUGUUGUGUAUGUGCUUCCCCAAGGACAAAUCGUCCCCGAACAAGCCAUCGACCCCCGGAGCGUACGACUGCACGACCAUCGGCACGCCGUUCGCCAUCUCCCACGACUUUCACGUGUCGUACAACUUUGAGCAGGCGCGGUUUGAGAUCCAAGGAGAGGGCCCACCUCCCCCCGAGGUCGAGUCCCAGCUCGAGAACUGGAACAUGCAUCAGCAUUUCAAUGUCCCGAUCCAACAAAUUCCUCGCGUUGCGCUACCUGCGUAUACGGACCGCAUUCCAGCCGUCCUGCUUAUGCUACAGCAUCAGUUCUACGCGCAAAAUGGCCAUAUCGUUCCGUACAUUUUCAGGGAAAGUCCAGGAAAAGCCGACCGCGACCGCGCAAUUCAAGCCAUCAACAGUGGCACGUUUUGUGGGGACGACAUAUCUGACGUCCGCAUCGUCGCCGACCUUAUCAAGGUUUGGUUCCGCGAGUUACCGACGCCACUGCUACACCAAAUCCCGCUGACUCUCAUGGAGCACAUUAACUCGUCAUCCGCGUCAAGUGUCUGUCCCGACAUGCUGGAGUACAUGGGAGCCAUGGAACUAUCGAUCCUACAGUGGCUCGCAGACGUGCUUCUGCAUGUAGCUUCCUUCGAGCAUGUCAAUCACAUGGGGAUCGAACAGCUCGCCAUUAUCCUCGCACCAAACCUCAUCCGCAUCGACACUCCAAACCCCAUGGUCGCCGUGACUCUGUCCAAAGCAAGUGUAGACUUUCUCCGACGAUUUCUCAAGCACCGAAGUGGAAGUGUGAACACCGCAGCAGAAGUCAACCUACCUCCUGCAGUCUAAUAACUUAUUUAUUUGUCAUUUAUUGAGUCACAGCCUCAGUACCAUUGUUGCCAGUACUGGUAUACGGUUAACGAUAGAAUAAUG